GAGCGGGGCCGCCCCCGCGCCUCUCCCGCCGCCCCGCGCCGCCUGGACCACUGGGAAGAUGGAUGGGCACGUCCUGGGAUGGAUCGUCCUCCUGUGGAUCGCAGCUGAGGUGGAAGGGUUGCAGGUCACUGUGCCUGAGAAGAAGAAGGUGGCCAUGUUAUUUCAGCCCGCUCUGCUUCGCUGCCAUUUCUCUACUUCUUCCACCCAACCAGCUGUGGUACAGUGGAGGUACAAAUCCUACUGCCAGGAUCGGAUGGGAGAAGCUCUGGGUAUGGUGACUUCUGGUUUGCAAACAAUGAGCAAGAGGAACCUGGACUGGGAUCCCUACUUGGACUGUGUGGACAGCAGGAGGACAGUCCGUGUCGUGGCCUCCAAGCAGGGAUCUGCCAUCACCAUAGGAGACUUCUACAAGGAAAGAGAUGUCAGCAUUGUCCAUGAUGCAGACCUGCAAAUUGGGAAGUUGAUGUGGGGAGACAGUGGCCUCUAUUACUGCCUUAUUAUCACACCAGAUGAUGUGGAGGGCAAGAAUGAAGAAUCAGUGGAGCUGCUUGUGCUUGGCAGGACAGGGCUGCUUGCUGAUCUCUUGCCCAGUUUUGCUGUGGAGAUUAUGCCAGAGUGGGUCUUUGUGGGCCUGGUGAUCCUGGGGGCGUUCCUGUUCUUCCUCCUGGUGGGGAUCUGCUGGUGCCAGUGCUGCCCGCACAGCUGCUGCUGCUACGUCCGCUGCCCCUGCUGUCCCGAGUCCUGCUGCUGUCCCCGGGCACUGUAUGUAGCAGGCAAAGCAGCAAAAGCUGGGUACCCUCCUGCAGUCUCUGCCAUGCCAGGUCCAUACUACAUCCCCAGCGUUCCUGUAGCUGGCGUCCCAUCUCCUGCUGUGCUGAUGGACAAGUCACACCCCCCUCCCUUAGCCCCAAGUGAGGCCAGUGGAGGAAGCCAAAAUGCAGUGCGCAAAGGGUACAGGAUCCAGACUGACAAGGACAGGGACUCCAUGAAGGUGCUGUACUAUGUGGAGAAAGAAUUGGCUCAGUUUGACCCGGCUAGGAGGAUGCGAGAACGAUAUAACAACACCGUGUCUGAGCUGAGCUCGCUGCACGAGGAGGACCUGAACUUCCGCCAGCCCUACCGGCAGGCGCGGAGGAAACCUCUGCCACCCGCGGGGGACAUGGAUGGCGACGCCGAGUACUGGGCAGGAGUCGUGGGCGGCGGCAGCACCUCCAGAUCGCAGGCUGUGUCUGACUACAGGGACGAGCGGGACAGCUACUGGCACAGCCAGCAGAGAUCCAAGUCGGAGAUGCUGUCCCGUAAGAGUUUCUCGGUGGGAGUGCCGGCCGUGUCCAUGGACGAGCUGGCGGCCUUUGCCGAGUCCUACAGCCAGCGGCCGCGGCGGGCGGACAGCCAGGAGAUGCGGCGCUUCGAGCGCUCCGAGUCGCGCGGCGGGGGGCUGCCCCACCAGGACAGCUCCAUGGAGGAAUACUACACCAAGCGCUGCAGGGCCAACCGGGAGCCGCUGACGGACUCGGAGCGGGGCUGGUCCUACAGCCCGCCCCGCAGACGGGCCCACGAGGAGAAGCACCUUCCCAGGCUGGUGAGCCGGACGCCCGGAGGGAGCCAGAAAUAUGAUCACUCCUACCUCAGCAGCGUCCUGGAGAGGAAAUCCCGGAGCUACGAUGAGAGUGGUGACCAUUGUGCCACCCCCUCGAAGCUGAGCUCGCAGCCCAGCCAGAGGGGAGGGAGCACAUACUACGCCUGGUCGCCGCCCUCCACCUACAAAGCCGAGAAGUCGCAGCCGCCGCCGCCGCAGUCGUCGUCCCCCGAGCAGGACGAGGAGGAGGAGGACAGCCUGCCUCCCUACAGCGAGAGGGAGCUGAGCCGAGGCCCUUCCUACAGGGCCAGGGAACAGGCCUACCUCAAUGCCUCUGACAAGAAGAGGAAAAAGGACCCCAAGAAAACAAAUGAUUUCCCAACAAGGAUGUCCCUUGUGGUUUGAAGUUGUUGUGGACCUAUCAUGUUAAUGGGCUGGAUAUCAUGAGGUGACUGCAGUAGAGAAGAUGCAGAGCAACAAGCAAGACAUGCCUCUGUGAACCUUUGCAGACAUCAGCCAUGGAUUGUUUCAAUUUUUUCUUUCAUCCAGGGAAGCUGAGGCUUUUAUAAGAGAUAGACUCCCGUGGACAGCACUCGAUCUCAGCUCUGGGAGUCUGCCAGGAAAAUUAGGCUAGGGCUCUCUUUGGCACCCUGUUUUCCAGUGCCCUCCACUUUGCUCUGGAUGGCAGCCACGUCCCUACUGCCUCUGCAGCCCUCCCUGCAGCCCUGAACUACAAGUGAGGCUGCCUUUGUGCCUCUCGCCCUGUCCCAUGUGCAGAGGGAGGCCUGUGUACCUCUUGCUCUCUCUGUCUCCUCGGUUCUCUGGAUCAAAAUUGUCUCCCUACUUAAAGCCUUUUUUGUAUCACCCCUGUGCUGGGAGGAGGCCUUGUUCUUACAACUGCAGACUGCCUCCAGCUGAUCAGGCCCUAAAUCACGAAAGAAAAUCCACAUCCUUUCAGACACUGUAAGAAAAUGACUGAUGAGGUGUUACCUCGAUAAGGGCUGAAUGGGGAAAGAGACAAUUGUGAGCUGGUUUGUUCAAUAUAUUUAGUUCUGUUCGUUGUGUGACGAGAGGUGCAGGUGAGAUUGAUGUAUUGUUCUGAAAGUGGGUCAAAGUAGCUUUUAUUGUGAUGAGAGCAUGAUUUGUUUCCCCCCUGCCCCCAGCUGUGUUUUGUUUUGAUGCUGUUGCAUUUCCUUGCAGCUCAACUGUGAACCUGUAGAUCUUCAAGCUGGAGUACCUACUCCACUGUUUUAAAAGCAGUGCUCUAGCCUUCCUAGUGCUCUGCUUCCAGCACCACCAGACACUUCUGCCACUCUAGUGAGUGGCCUUUUUGUUCCAAGGAAGCAAAAAGUGGACAGUCUCAGUGAGAGGGCAGCUGCAGACCUUCAUCCUGUGCCACUGGUAUCACUCCUUUCUGGGAAUAGUUUCCCAGAAGAAGCUUCUACUGAAGAGAGCAGUAACAGCAGUGGGAAAAGAACAAGCACUGGGGAUGGAUACAAGCUUUGAAAGUCACCCUUUUCACUUAAAACCAUUCCAUUCACUUUGGUUGGGAUGUGGUUUUAGUGGCUGUUGUCUCAGGAAUAGCUUUAUUUAGAAGUGAGUGCUUCUCACCAUUUGGAAGCCUGACUUUCUGGUUUUCAUAGAGUAUUAUGCAGUCAUUUAUUUAGCUGCUAAAAUCACCAUGUGAGGGGAGAUGAUGGGAACAUUUUAAGGUCCAAUAUCUUGAUCCCUGUUACACCUAGAAACAACUUGGUGCCCUGUUGUGUUAUGGACAUUAUCAGCCUCUGAAAUGACAUCUUCAUUGUUCCUCUGGGAAUUUGGGAAGCUGUCUGGCCUCAGAUGUUCAUACUGGCAGUACUGUUUGGAACAUAAGGUAUAUUAACAUCACUGCAGUUCUCCAUAAAAAUGAUAGAUUAAUUUCUGUGCUACUUCUUUGCCAGAUAGUUUACCCACCAGGAAUUGUCAGGGAAGAGGAAGAAUAAUCUCCAUAGAUAUGAUAACAGUUUUCGUGUAAAAAGGUGAGUUGAUCAAAGGAUGACAUUCUUCUCCCACGCUCCUCUAGUGAUGACUGUAGUUUUGGAACUCCCAGUCCUCGGUCUUCCUGGCCAGAGAGGGAUUAGCCAACAGGAACAUACAAUUGUGAAAUUGCAGAAUUGUUUGUGCAGGAGGUAGCCUUUCAAGAUUUCAAGUUUUGAUCCUCUGCUAUGGGAAGGGAUGCCUUCCACAUAUGAGGUUGCUCAAAGCCCCGUCCAAAUGGACCUUCAACACUUUCAGGGAUGGGACAUUCACAGCUUCUCUGGGCAACCUGUUCCAGUGUCUCACCACCCUCAGAGUAAAGAAUUUCUUCCUUGUAUCCAAUCUAAAAUUACCCUCUUUUACUUGAAAAGCAAUGCCCUGGUAAAAAGUCCAUCUCCAGCUUUCUUGUAGGUCCCUUUAGGCACUGGAAGGCUCUAUGGUCUCCUUAGAGCCUUCUCUUCUCUAGGCUUAACAGCCCCAGUUCUCUCAGCCUGUCUUUACAGAAGUAUUCCAGCCUCUUUGACCAUUUUUGUCUCCCUCCUUUGGACCUGCUCUAACAGGUCCCUGUCUUUGUGUGGGUGGCCCCAGAGCUGAACACAGUACUCUGUGUGGGAUCUCAAGAGAAUGGUGCAGAGGGAAAUUCCACUCCUUGGCCUACUGGUCACUCACCUGAUGCAGCCCAGGAUAUGGUUGGCUUUCUGGGCUGUGAGAGCACGUGGCUGGCUCGUGCCCAAUCUUAAUCCACCACCAUAAAAUCACAGAAUUGUAGCAUGGUUUGGAAGAGACCUAAAGAUCAUCUAGUUCUCCAAGUCCUUCUCAGGGCUCCCAUUCUUCCCCUAGUGUGCCUCAAUACCAGAGGUUGCCCCGACUCAGGUGUAGCACCCCACACUUGGCUGUGUUGAACUUCAUGAGGUUCUCGUGGACCCGCUCCUCAAGCCUGUCCCAUCACUCUGGAUGGCAUCCCUGGCAUCAUUCAGCUUGGUGUCACCCACAGACUGCUGAGAGGACACUCAGUCUGUGGCAUUAAUGAAGGUUGAACAGUGUCAGCCUUGGUGCAUGCCCUUGAGGGACAGCACUUGUUACUGAUGUCCUUUUGGACACUGAGCCAUUGACUGAUGCUCUGGAUGUGGCCAUCCAGCCAAUUCCUUGUCCAUCAAGUAGUCCAUCCAUAAAACCCAUCUCUCUCCAGUUUAGAAACUAAAUGUUGUGUGGGACUUUGUCAAAGGCGAGAAGUCAAGGUGCAUGACAUCAGAUGGAUUUUUCUUACUCAUCAGUGCAGUCACUCUGUCGUAGAAGGUCUCCAAGUAAGCAGGCAUGAUUGGUGAAGCUGUGCCAGCUGUCUUUAAUCACUCCUCUCCAAUACAUACGCCUUGAGAUGGCUUCCAGGAGGAUCUUCUAGGGCACAGAGGUGAAGCUGAUUGGUCAAGAGUGCCCAGGGCCCUGUUCUGUCCUUUUAAAAUGGGUCUGAUGUUUCUCUUUUACCAGCACUGGGGACCUGAGUGUCAUGGCUUUUCAAACAGGGAAAGCAAUUUAGUAACUGCAUUUAUCAUCUACCUGCAUUAUGGCUGGAGAGACUAACAUUUUCAGUGUUUUCAUCUUUUUUUUUUUUUUAUCAUUAAUUGUGUGUUCUUAGGAAAAUCACAGCACAGUUAGCAAGAGGUGGGCAGGUAGGUGCGUGCCAUCUGAGGUCUGAGGCUUUGGGACAUCUACAGAGCUACACUGCAUGCUGUUUUAAAUCCAGCAUUUCAUUCCUGUCAUAUGAGGGUUCUGGUAAGCUGAUGUUUUGUUAGCCUGAAAACCUUGGCAACCCCUGUGCCAUAAAUUUCAAGGCAGCUUAGCCUGCUAUCAUUUCCAUCAGACCUAGAAAAUGUCUCUGACUAUCCCAAAAGGGGGCCAGACCAGUGGUUUUACAGUCUCUGAAUACCUCUAUAUUUUAAAUCAUACCGAAAGCCUGAGCAUUACAAUCUUCUCAUUUCAGUUAUGUUCUGUCCCUUAUCUCAGUCACUGUAGUUUAUUUGAUCAAGCCCUCAGGAAUGAGCUGUGUGUAUUAAAAAUACAAGUCUUCAUUUAUUUGAGUCAGUUUUGUUUGUUCAGUGCUGGUACUUUAGGGCAUCUGUACACUGUGUGUAAAAAGUUGCCAUUUGUGUAUCUAGCUUAUAAAUAAGUAGUUGCAAGCUAAUUCUUUUAAGAAAACUGUUUUAAUUGUACAAACAACUGUUUGUGAGAAUUUGGAAACAUCUCUUGAAUCCAAGUACCUGGAAAAGUACUGAAGAUUUUAUGACUAGUGGUUCUGUGAGUUUUACCGGAUUAUAAAAGUUUCAGCUGCAGAAAAAAAGGGAGGUCUUAAUUCCCUGAAGUCAGAUCUGAGCAGCAGCAACCUUCCUCUACAGUUUUGGAUUUCGUAUCUCUCUGUACAAAUCUGCAGGAAUUUUCAGUUACUGAUCAUGUCUGUCCUCAGGCCACCUUUAUUUUUCCCAUUAGAAUUGUGUCUGCAGCAGCAGCAAAUGGACCAAAUCAAGAAGUGAGGGGUGACAAGAGUAUCUGCACAGCUACACAACCCUAAUGACCUGUGACUCCUGCAGCAGGGGAGCAGGGGGCCCCAGACUGACAGACAGCUCAUGUUUCAGGAGAGGAGUAAUGGUUUGUGUCUGUGCCAUCUUUCAGAACACCUGCAGAAUGCUGGUGCUGGGAAAUAAUGAGCCUGGUUACUAUGGGGUCUUAAAUUAUAAGUUUUCCAGUGAUGAAUUUUUAUUGCUGGCAUAAAAUUAAAAUCCUUUUCUUACUGGAUGUGGAUGUCUGGGUCAUGUCAUGGACAUGGAGAGUUUUGUGGUUUUAAAACGACAGCAUCACAACAGUGAUUUGCUAAGAAAACAGAUAAUGAGAGAGAAUCCUGUAAAACUUUCAAAGAGCCCCUAGAGCAAAAGCAGGAUCAAGCUUUAGCAGUAGAUGUAGCUGUAUUGUCAAAAAAAGUGAUCUUGGCUAAUGGAGGAAAAAAAAAAGUUUUACAUAAUGGAAUGGGAAAAUAAAUAUCAAUGGUAAUGACUUUUCAUCAAUCCCAUCAUUCCUUCAAAGUACAUUGUAAAAGUUCCAAUGUGUGGCUUCAGUGUGAGCAUCCUCAGAACACUCCAUUUCCACUGAAAUGGAAAAUUAGGAAAAUUAGCACUCUGAAUACUUUAAAUUUUUGAGAAACCCCCAACAUUUAUGAGCUGUAACAGGCAGCCAGAAUUGCUCAGGUCUUUGUGCUGGCAUAUGGAACAGGGGACUGGAGCUGUAACAUCCCCACCUUUGUUACUGGAGUUGGGUCAGGGGUGGCUAUCAGCAGUGCACCCCAGAGCUGCAUCUCAGAGAUAAAGGACAACUGCUGGAAGAGAUCCUGAGAAAGAGCAAUCACAAAAUAUUUCAGCAGUCAAACCUUGCCACAAACUGUUCCAGGUACAUAAAUGCAGCACCACGGUGUUUAUCAUGCCUGGGCUAUUCUGAAAAUAGUUUUAAUGAUGUGGAGAUUGUUGAGAAACUGCACCGAGCUGUCUUUUUCUCCAGGUGGCUUUCACAGAAGGUGUGCAUGAGGAUCUGUUCUUGGUCAGCAGUUACAGUGUUUGGCACAUGUGGAAAUCAAAGCUAAAGGGGCUUUAGCCCAUUUUUCACUGGAGCAAAGUAGAAUCCAGGGGCAAAGAUGCCUUUGGUAUCUACCAGGUGCUGCAGAUUUGCCCCUCUAAUUCCAGAAACCUCUGUGGUGUAGCAUCUCCAUCAGUCUUUGCUGGCUGUACAUGCUUUCUACAACAGCUGUGAUGUUGAAACCACCCUCAUGUCACCUGGGGCUCGUGAAGUCCCUUUCUCAUUUCCUGGAAGAUCAGAGAAGGUAUUUACUGCAUAAUGUGGAGGAACAGCUAUCAGUUUGAUGUGAUCUCAGAAAUGCCAGCUGGAUUUACCUGCAUUAGAAACAGCAGAAAUCUAAAGAAUAAAGUUAGCUAAUACUAAAGGAAGGAACCUGCCAUGAUUCCCAUAUGAAUUCUCUUGUGACCUUUAUAAUUCUUUCUGACGUUCACCCCUGCCUGCACAGGGGCCUUUGCCAGGGGAGGCCAUCACCUCCUCUCCCUUUUGCCUGUCAUUUUCUGUCAUGCUUGUAAUGCCUCUCUGACCGCUCUGCUUUCCUUUGGCUAUUUCCAGUCAGCCUUCAGUGUGGUGCCUAGGGGUUCCAAUGUAGAUGUUUGGAUGUAGAAUGAGUGGCAUUUUGUAAAAAGGCACUUUUACCCCCUAUAAAAACAAAAAUUACAGAACGCCCACAACAAAAUCCCAAUCCCUCCAGAUAUUCUCUCAAGCCUAAGCAGUGGUGUUACUGGAAACAUUUUAAAAAUGAAAGCUGAACAUAAUUUCAAAACAGGUCAGUAUUGUUUCCAACCCCAGGGCAGCUGCAGUCAGAGGUGUUGAGUGCAAACAGCAGGAGCAAAUGCAUUCAGGUUUCAUUGUCCUUGGUGAGAGCAGUGGCAGAGAGGAGCAGCAUUUAAUGACUCAAAGCAAAUGGAAUUCCAAGGUGCUGUUACUUGCGAGUGAGUUAGAAGUGUGAACUAGAAGUUGUCAGGCUUGGCUUAAAAGCAAAAUUCAGUCUAAGGAAACUUGAGCCCUGGCCCAGGGGUGCAAUUCUCUUGCUGUUUACAAACGGGCUGGGCUUUUUUCCUGCUACUGUUGCUGCCUACCACAGCCAUUUCCCAGCCAUUACCCAGUGAGUGAGUGGCUUUCUUUGCUGCUGUCAUUUUACUUAGAUUGUCCUCCCCUGUAAUGAACUUUUUCAAUAUGAGGGGGAGAAGGACCUAACAAUACUCUAUAAUGAAAAUGCAACACUUUUAUAGCUUUUUGGGAGACAUCCACAUCCCCAAUUACCAAGCAUUAUACAUUUGCCAUGCAUACAGCAUCAAAGUCGUUGCCUUUGAAUUGUCACCAUGGAGAAUAAAAGCAGGAAAAGCUCCCACCAAUCUGCCUUUUUAUUAUCCUGCAGGCAAAUAAUUUGUCCAAUUUUUGCUAAGAUAUGAGCAGUUUACAUGAGUAGUUUUCAACCCUUUUUUUUGAUUACUGGGCAAUAAACCAAAUAUUUUCUAGUGGAGCAGCAGACCCUCCGUAAAUCUCAUACCAUUCACAGGAUAACAUAUGAAAAACAUUCUUCCCUGCAUUUUCAUAAAAAAAAAUCCAUGCAGGUACCCUAUGGAACCACACUCCUUCAAAGAAAGGAUAAACUCUCUCCUGCUCUUGCAGAUGUAAAACUUUUUUUUUUAAAUUCAGAAAACUUUUAUCUUUUUAUUACAGACAUGUUAUUUUCUUUUGGCCUCUUUGUCCUUAGAUCUGCAGUACUCUGGACUGAUUAUUUCUGUGUCACAAACAAUCAACUUCAUUCGGAUCCUGUCUCAGUGUUGUAAAUAAUGGAUUAAGACUCACAUUGUUUGUAGGUGUAACCUAAACAGCAUUUACAUGUUUAGAUCGUGUCUGAUAGGUGUUAUCAGCAGUCAGGUGCAGGAUAAGCAGCUCCCAGCUCUGCCCUGUAUUUCCCUGUGCAAGGCACAGCAUCCCUUGGCUCUGAAAAUUGUCAGUCAUCCUCUAUUUUACCACCUGUGAAAGUGCUCAGUGUUUCUUUGGGCUUCUUUAUCACUCCUCUGACCAUCCCUCAAUGCUCCCCCUCUGCAGAAGUCUCCAAGCCAACAUGGAGCAGGAAAGGUGUCCAUCCAUACCUUAAAGACUAAUGAGGGACAGGAAGACCUGACAACAGAAACACUGAGAGGUCACCCAGCUCAGAGCUCUGCAGGAAGUCACUUCUGGGUGGGAAAGUGUUUGUGCCAGCCAAGGAGAGGUGCCACUGUAAUUCCUGGUUACAACUUGCACACGUAUCCUUGAGCACCUGGCUGUAAGUACAGCUUUGGGAUUCAGGACCAUUUCUGAAUUAGAGAAAGUAGUCUGAAAAAAUUGCAUCAAAUGGCACAGGACUACUUAUUAAAGCAGGUGUAGUGUUUUCAUUUAGUUCUUGCUGUGUGACAGAAACCCUUUCUGCUUACAUGUCAUGUUGGUUUCCAUCAGCCUCUCCAGAGCAGGUGGGAGUGAUUUUCAUGUCCCAGUUAUCAGAUCUUCUCUUUGAGGAACAAAUCACUCAGUGCACUUGUCUCUGAAUAGGUACUCCAUGGUAGUGAGAGGCAGAGCUCCAACUGCUUGCAUUUUACAGUCAAGAGCCUGCUAAAUCAUUAAUUAAUUUAGUCUCUCAAAGUUCUCUGCUUCCUGGCAAAACCAGAAUUUGUGUUUCUACAGGUCUCAAGCCUGCUCACCUUGGAAUCACAAGUUUUGGCAAGGAGUUUUAACAUACAGUAGGGUGGAGAUCAGGUAAAGCAGCAGCACAAAAAGCUAAAAGCUUUACCUCGUGUAAAAUGUGUAAGAGAUGUGUAAAGUGUGUAAAAAGUGUAAAGAUACACUGCCCACUGCUGUGUCCUUCCUAAGGACCAGUCUGUCUAUUACUCAUUACUAAAUUUAUGCACAGUGACAGAAAAGACACCCGUGGUCCUUGCAAAUGGACCCCUCACAGGAAGAUGUAGGUAUGUUUUAAUUAGUACUCGGGGAGGGAAAUCAUGAAAUGUGUUUGGGUUUGGUUUUUUUUUCUCUUUAAAUAGGAAUACAUAUUUAUAUAUAUAAAUUUUUUUGUCUUUGCUUCUCAGAAGAGAGAUCCAAGGCUGCCUUCUGUUCAGGCCAAUAAUGUGCCUGAAUGAAAAAUUUCUCUCCCCAGUUUCAAUAAAAUGCAACCUAGGCUGGUUCUUGUGAAUAGCUGUAAAAGGAAAGUUACUGUAGCAGAGCUCUGUAAUCAAGAGGUCCCCAUGGACAGACUGUCAUCCUGAUGAGAGACACUUCUUAAUUAAGAGAAGAUACUGCAUUGUAGAUGAAACAAUUCCUAAGUGUCCCAACUUCCCUCAUCAUAUCAAUGAGCCUGGAGUUGCAGAGCUCCCAACAACAAGGGGCUUUAGAGGAUUUCAAGAGAGUUAUAAGUAUAAAAGUUCAACACUCGAGCAUGUGCAGCAUGCAGAGGACACAUUUCAAAAUGUGUUUGAAGAGCAGAAGCCUAGUUUUGUACUACUUCACAGAGCUUUGAAAGGCAGAGUGUGGAUAGCAUCCCAAGUAUUGCUGGGAACAUCUGUGAUCCACACACUCCUGUGAAAAGCUCAACCUUACUUGCAAGAAAAUCAAUUAAAAAGCUGCCCUUCCAGCUAAGCUUAACUGAUUUCUCAUUUGAGCAUCUCAAUUACACUUGAUUUCAUGAUUAAACUAGUUCAGAUUAAUGGGAAAACAAAGUCAUGGUCAAAAUACUGGAUGAACUGUUUAGGGGAGUGAGGGAGAGCACUGGUGCUUGUGAAGCAGCCAGUAGGGAGAGUCUGGAAAAGGAAAACAGCUGCCUGCAGAUGAACACUGAAUUCAAGCAAAGGGAAGGGUAACAAGCUGGUGUGCUUCAGCAAAUCAAAUGGCAACACAAAGAUGCUGCAUGAGCAUUGAUCAUCUCACUCAGCUGAUAAGGACUCUUAUGUUGUUUCACCCAUGUGUAAUACAGCCCCAGGGAGUGAAGCUUGGUGCUGUCCCUGCCCAUCUGCUCUGCAUAAGGUAUUAGUGUACUACAUUCUCUAGAUAUGGUAUAUUCUGGAGUAAAAUUGUUUGCCACAGCCCACAUUCAGUCACUCUCACUGCCAGAUGAACAAGGCUGUCCAUGGGGGCUCGAGGUGCACCAAAACCAACAUGUGGUCCAGGCCACAACUAGUUAGGUGGCAACCUGGCCUUUUUAGAACAUUGACAGCCAGCUCUCUGAGAAGUCAUGUAGUCAGGCAAGUCCUCACAGCAGUUUUGUUUGCCAUCUCUAGAAAGAGGCUGAUCCCAAAACAGCACGCUGCCCCUUCUUCCUGUGCCUCAAUGAAUGACUAAGAGAGAAUAUGAAAAGUGUGGCACAGAACAUGUCCUCAGCUGUUCAUAGUUCUCCCACUCUGCCUGGCUCCCAGCUAAGGGAACCUGAAUUAACCAUGCAAUGAAACUGAACUGGAUGCUGUGGGCUCAUUUGAAAAAUGAACAGAAACAGUAUUAAAGCAGAAGAGUUCACCUGGGUUAAUACUGCUUGGCUUCUGUGCCCCUGGCACCUUUUACUCUGUAAAUGUCAACCCCCUGGCCUUGCUUUAUCCAUUCCACAAAUGUACACAAUUGGCUGCAACACCAAAUCUGAGGCAAGAGACUUCUUUUCAGCCACUUUAUGGGGGCAGAAUUACCAUUCAGAAUAAAUAAAUGUUUUGGUAACAGCAUGUGCAGCAAGGACACCACCAAAAUGAAUUGCAGUUUCCAUCCUCUGGUGGCAAUGAACACUCUGAUGGGGCUGAAUGCAGAAACAAAGGCAAUGUGUCAGGCUUUUUCAGGUCUAGCCCUUCUUAGAAACAUUAAAAAAAAAAAAGAUGAAGAAAAGCAACAAACCUCUAAAAUGAUGUAUUUUUUUGGAAACUAACAGCAAUACUUGCCACAUUAUUUCCUUCCUCUUUUUUUUGGCCUGUCUUGUCUCUGACAAACCUCUCAGUGGUACAUACCCUGCUCCUCAUGAGCCUGUGGUCUAGAUUGGACUAAUUGAGUUUGGAAUGAACUCUGAGAAGUCUGUCACUUAAAAAGCAUGGAUCAUCUCAUGGAUCUUAAGAGCACAGCCAUGUGAACACUUACUCAGCACAACUGUAUUAUUCAGGCUCUCAGGGAGAAGGUGGGUGUAGAGACCAAAAGACUUAAACCAGAUCUGCUGCCAAUGGAGCAAGAAGUUGUGCCCUUUGUGGCAGCAGUUGGGGGCUGAGGGAGGCAUGGAUGUGUCCACAUUACUCAGACUGUUAGUCCAGUCAUAUUCUGGUCACAGCCUCCUUGUUUCCUAGGGAUCCUGUGCUCCUCAUGCUGAGGAGUGAUCUCCCCUGUCUGGGAGCUCACCCCUGUGUGAAAGCUCACUGUUUGCACCAGGCUUGUGUGUGGUGCUGAAAAUAAAAAUUCUGCAGCACAA